ACUUUUAACUUAUUUGGGCAUCCUGCUUAUUUUUGGUCACACAAGUAAUGCAGCCGAUCCAAGUUGUACUUUUCAACUUAAUGUACUACCAGGGAAGUCAUAUUAUAUAGCCAGUCCAAAUUAUCCCAAUAAAUAUGCUGGGGAAAAUUCCUGUCAGUGGAAUAUUAGAAGUAUGAUGCAGAUUCACAUGAAUUGUGAAGUAUUUGACGUUCCAUCGAGUAAUAAUUGCCAAUUGGAUCAAGUUCUUGUAUACUUAAGCGCAAGACAAGGCCCAUUGCGAUUGUGCGGAAAUGGUACAUUUAGUAGAGAUUCGGAAGGUUUGGAAAUGGCAAUUUCCUUCCAGUCUGCCCGGAACACUCCCGGAGGAAGAUUUGCUUGUUAUGUUCAAGCCAUUGAACCCGCUGAAACUUGUAGAUGUGGGUGGAAAAAACCGGUAGGUAUAAAAAAACAUUUUUUAAUAGUAACAACAAUAAAUGAUGAAUAA